AUGGAUUCUUUAAACAGCAAUAAACCUAAUUUGGAUUUAGGAGCUACAAACCCUCUUGAGGUGUCUCCCUCAGAAAACAGAGACAACAAUAAUACGAACCAGAAAAAGGAGGCGUUGCCCCGGUUUUUGGUCGUUAAAAGGAAAGAAGGCGACUUCUCUAAAAUUAGUCCAUUCUUAAUUGAGAAAGCAUUGAACGGUAUUUGUGGUCCUACGAAAAUGACAAAGAAAACUAAAGAAGGUCUUUUAUUAGAAACGGUCUCACCAAGACAAGCUAAGAAAAUAUUAACAAUGACAAAACUGUGCGACAUAGAAGUCGAAGUAAUCCCGCAUAAAACUUUAAAUAACUCCAAAGGAAUAAUUUAUUGCCCUGAUUUACUUAAUUGUACUGUAGAAGAAAUUCAAGAAGAACUCGCAAACCAAGGUGUAAUUUCUGUCUCUAGAAUUAAAACGAAACGUGAUGGUGAACUAAAAGAUACUCCAAACCACAUAUUAACUUUUAACUCUCCAAUCCUUCCUAAAAAUGUUAAAGUUGCCUUUUAUUCCCUUAAUGUAAGAUUAUACAUUCCAGCUCCACUUCGAUGCUUUAGAUGUCAACAUUUUGGACAUACUUCUAUGCGCUGCGAAAAACCCCAGGUAUGUGUAUGCGGAGAACCAAUUCACACGGGGAAACCUUGUACUCCACCAAUCAAGUGUGUCAAUUGUGAAGGCUCCCACUCAACUAGAUCUAAAGAGUGUCCGGUAUAUAAGCAAGAAGCUGCCAUCCAGGAGAUCAAAAUUAAAGAAAACUUAUCUUACCCUGAGGCGAAAAAGAAAGUUAUAAUACCUACUCCUAAAAUAAACGUAUCUUAUUCGAAAGCAGCCACAUCUCACCCUCCAGUUCCUCCAACGGUAAAUACAGAAGAACUUAUCAAAAACCUAAUUCCCCAUCUUAUAGAAGCCAUUAAAAGUCAGCUUAAUAUACCUUUUGCAGUUCCACAAGUGAAACCACCUAUUUCAAAACGCGUUCGUACGUACAGUUCAGAUGUUGAUUCUGUGAGUGAAUCAGCUUCUAACUCCCAAGAAACUAAGGGCAAGAAGAAAAAAAGCCGUGGCUGGCCAAAAGGUAAGCCCAGAAAAACAACCAGUCUAGAAAAAGAUAUUGACAAUCCUGGCACCACAACUUUAUCGGAUACCAAUAUUGAAAACAUAUCUGAGAUGGAUGCUGAUCCAAUCGAAGAGCCGCCAGAUUUAGACAAAGAAUUUUACUAA